AUGAUUUCUCCCCAAAGCAUUCGUCUCGCAAAUCGAAAUUCGGGCGACCGACUUGACUUCACGAACUUCAAGCCCGUACUUCGCACCUCAUCGUCGACUAACUCCAUAGCGAAGACUUCUGUCAACUCUGUGCAGAAAAUGGCCCCCUCCGCAAAGACCUCCACCAAGAAGGCUGGCAAGACCCAGCGAAGCGCCAUCGCUGAUGUCGUCGCCCGCGAAUACACCAUCCACCUCCACAAGCGCGUCCAUGGCGUAGCUUUCAAGAAGAGGGCCCCCAGGGCUAUCAAGGAGAUCCGCGCUUUCGCUGAGAAGGCCAUGGGCACCAAGGACGUCCGCCUCGACCCCCAGUUGAACAAGAAGGUCUGGGAAUCUGGAAUCAAGGGUGUUCCAUACCGCCUGCGUGUGCGCAUCUCGCGCAAGCGUAACGACGAGGAAGGCGCCAAGGAGAAGCUUUACUCCUACGUCCAGGCUGUCAAUGUCAAGGACCCCAAGGGUCUUCACACUCAGGUCGUUGAGGAUGCUUAG